AUGACGAUUAAAAUUGGCAUCCAGCCCGGAGGGAUCCGCCUGCAAGCCCUGUUGCUGGCUCAGGUGAACAGCGGCAGGUAUCCUCGGUCUACGAGUGGCUCAGUCCAGGACCCACCGACUUUCCAGAUCCCCUGGAAGGCCAUGCUACACGCCACACGCCAACAUCAGGACGAGAAAAACACAAUUUUCAAGGCGUGGGCUCUGGAGACCGGUAAAUACCAGGAAGGUGUGGACGAACCCGACCCCGCCAAGUGGAAAGCAAACCUUCGCUGUGCUCUGAACAAAAGCCGAGAGUUCCAGCUGAAGUACGACGGCACUAAAGAGACUCCGGUCCAACCGUAUAAAAUCUACGAGGUCUGUGAGCAGCCCGGGAACGCAGAUGCUGUUGAUGACGAGGAUGAAGAGAUGCCCAAUCUGAUGGAGCUCAGCAUCAACCCCAGGAUCAGUGACCCCCCCUCCUACAGCCCCUUCACAGCCCCUUCAGAGGUGGAUCAGUUCAGUCUGUCCAGCAAUGGGACAUUUGGACCUCCACAUUUGAUCCCCAUACCCCUCCUUCCAGAACAAGACCUGCCCAUGACCUCUGACCUGCCCAUGACCUCUGACCUGCCCAUGACCUCUGACCUGCCCCUGACCUCGGAGCUCCAGGCUCGGGGUGGGCUGUUGGAUCAGAGGAGCUUCGUCCACCCUGCAGGACUCUCUAACGGACUCCAGGACUUGAAUUCUCUGCCCCCCCAAGCUGUCUCUGCUCCCCCGCAUCCGUCCCCAAUGGAGGCUAGCAGCAUGGGGGGCGUCCAGAACCAGGGAGACCCUCAAAACCACCAACCCUGCGACCUGCUGAGCAGCGUUCCACUAACAGAUCUGGACCUAAAGUUCCAGUACCGGGGCCGGACGAUGGGCUCUCUGUCCGUCAGUAACCCUCAGGGCUGCCGGUUGUACUACGGACACCUGGAGCCGACCCCGGAGCAGGUGGACCUGUUCGGACCCGUCAGCCUGCAGCAGGUACGGUUCCCGGGAACGUCUGACAUUCAGAACCAGAAGCAGCGGUUCUACACCGAUGCCUUGCUGGACGUGAUGGACCGUGGCCUGAUCCUGGAGAUCUGGCAGCAGGACAUCUACGCUGUCCGUCUCUGUCAGUGUAAGGUGUUCUGGUCUGGACCAGGCAUUCCCGAACAGGGUCCACCGAACCCCAUGGAGAGGGAAAAGAAGAUCAAAGUGUUCAGCCUCAACGACUUCCUCCAAGGGCUGAUCCUGUUCCAGCGAGGGGAAGCUCAGAACCCGCCCCCCUUUGAGAUCUACUUCUGCUUCGGGGAGGACUGGCCCGACAGGAAACCCAAAGAGAAGAAACUCAUUAUAGUGCAGGUGGUUCCUGUGGUAGCUCGGAUCCUGACCGAGAUGUUCUCUGGAGAACUCAGCUGGUCCACAGAUAGCAUCCGCCUGCAGAUCUCCAACCCUGACGUGAAGGACCAAACGGUGGAGCAGUUCAAAGAGCUGCAGAGGCUCCUGCAGAACCAGCACAUCCAGGGACCCUGGAACCCCAACGUCCCCUGAACACCAGGAACCUGAUAGGAGGACUGCAUCAUCAUCAUCAUCAUCAUCAUAAUCAUCAUUGGCAGCAGCUCCGGGACUCGCAGAGGUUCAGGAGAUCCUGAGACAAACAGCGAAUCCACAUCCUGUUGAGAUUUGUACUGAACUAGUCCUUUAAUGAACCCUGCAGUCCAGGUUCAGGUCCACGAUGCUGAUUGUGUAUAUAUACUGUAUAUGUAUAUAAACUUGCAGUAUACUGUAUACAUACAUAUACUGUAUAUAUACAGUAUACUGAAAGUUAAAGCAGCAACAGGGAAUAUUCAUUGUGAGUAGACUAUGGCGCCCCCUGUGGACAGAAGCGGUACUGUUUCCUAUAAAACGAUGUAACAUAUUUCUUCUGUAAACAGCGGCGAGGUAAUGUGAGAUCAAUGAUGUUUUUAUAACCGAAGUUUAAACGUAACCAUACAACUAACAGCCGGUUUGCUGUAAAACCGGCGCCAGAAUAGGACGACGGGACAUUCAAGGGGUUGUGGUGACCAUAAGCUGGUGAAGCAUCCAUCGGUAGCGACCACGUCAUGCUAGCUUGUGAGGGAAUAAUAAAAUAAUUAACAGGUUAAAUAACGCUCCAAAGUUAGGCUAAAUAUUGGUGAUGGAAAAACUGGCAUGGCUGUUUUCAAAGGGAUCCACUGACCUCUGACCGGGUUCUAUGGUUACCCACAAGUCUCCCCUUUACAGACACUUUGUGCGCUUUUUGUAUUCAGUAUAAAUUUGUGUACUUGAUUAUUUCUGCUCCAUAAACGGUACAGGAAUUUCAUAAAACAAAGUCUUUAAUACUGAUCUCACACUGUCCUCUGACCUUUUAACUUCUGAUGCAUUUAAUGACCACAAAUACAUCAGUGUGUCUGUAAACUGUUUGACAUCAUUUCAGUUACUUUCAGUGAGUGUAUUCAGGAUUUCAAUAAACGCCGCUGCAGUAUUCUUUCAUACA